AUGGUCAAUCGAUAUCAGAAGUCCCAUUUCAACAAUGAAAAGGCCUCAGAUAGCAUCGAUUCUCAAACAAUCGUUCCCUUAACAGAUUUUGACUGGCGUACCACCGAGCCACUCAAAAUUCGGCCUUUCAAGCCAAUAUACCACAUGACAAUGGGUAUGAAAAGACUCCUACCCAGGGACUCCUCCUGUCCAGUCGUUUUCAGUGACUUCUACUUACAAAACAAAGGUCUUCAAUCAUGCUCUCCAUCCGAAUUCAUAGAAAUGGACCGAACAUACCUUGAUCGCCUCACGGUCCGCACCAACACAAUAAGAGACCACACUCAUACGGUCCUCCAAGCCCUCCCCUCAUCCCACGCUGCAAUCCAAGAACUCUACACCUACCUAACCACCGUCUAUCUUCCCACUCGCUUCCCCACCAUCUACUCUCUUACCCCAACAUCACUUUUGAAUAAAGCAACAAAUCAUCACAUCCCGCUUCAUCCCUCCUCCCUCCUCCAAGCUCUUCAUGAACUGGGUACAAACAUCGACACCGAUUUUCUCCUCCUCGUUCCUUCUCCAGAUGGCGAUGGAUAUAUGCUAGGUGGGUUCAUUGCAUGUUUCCCCAGCGGAUUUGAUACCCAAGCUCUACUCGGUAAGAAAAUAAGGGAUAUCCAUAAACCCGUCCCAAGAUACAAGGAGAAGUUAGAGAUGAGUAUGUAUCGGACUUUUGAUCGAUUGGAGGUAGGGAAGAUAGUGAAGCGAGUCAAUUGGUCAAUAACUACUCAUUCGCGCUUAUUUGUACCGAGUGGCAAUCAUCUGUAUGAAGGCGAAGAGGCAAAACCAGAAGAUUUUGAUAUUAAUGAUACGCAUCUCCGCUGUGAACGUCAGCUAGUACAUCGUCUCCCACAAACUAAAGCCUUGGUAUUCUCUUUCAAAACCUACCUGACGCCACUUGCUCAAGUGAAAGAAGAAGGGCUGGGAAAGGAAUUGGCAGAGGCAAUUGAUGGAUUGAGGAAGGGGAGUGUACCGGAGAUACAUUACUAUAAGAGGGGUGUAGUAUGGGGCGAGAAAGUCAAGGAAUAUUUGAGAAGUUAA